UUAUUAUUUUCAUUGGAUGCAAUGUUUACAAGCCAAAUACCGCUCAACCUUGAACAUGUACUCGUUUUCUAGGAUAUCGUGUGAAUAUUAGAACAGUGGCAUCGUUUUGGCUAACUUUGCAUUAGAUCUUAAUCUUGCAAACGUUAUAGACUCUGAAUUGUAUACGAAUAUGUCAUUUAAUUGGAAAACCGGCUUGUUGGGAACCUGACAUCAAGUUCAGGCACGAGGAGUUCUGUCUGGCAACAGACCAAUCGUCCGAGAUUGUUAUGGAUAGAAAGAAAUCACAGAAAUACCAGGCAGAUGAAUAUGAUUCUGCUGAUGAUGAUGAACUGCUGGAAACACUGAUCGGAAGAAAUCGUUCAAAGCCUAACAAGAAAAAACAAGCUCAAAAUAAAAAAAAUCUAAGAUCACAGACACCAAAGCCAAAGAAAUCAGCAACACCUAGAAAUAACAAAAAGAAGACUAGGGACAGGGCACACAGUUGUCCUCCUGGUCAGACAGGGAGAGAACUCUGGUUAGCUGCCGUCAAAAACAGACAAACUGCUGGUCUUAUUAAUUCCCGACACCCAGAGAGUCCACGUCAUAAGACUACCACAGAAUAUUGGGUGGAUACAUUGCGAAAAACAGGCAUUGGUCGCAGUACAGAGAGUACUGGUAUGAACACAUUCUCUGGCCUGAAAAAGCCCAAAGAACGAGACAUGCCUUACCUAAGUACAUCCUCCUAUCUUCGCCAGAUGGUUGGUACAGAAAAAACAAAGAAAUAUGAUAACCCUACAACAAAACCGCCCAUGGGUACCCCUGCUUAUCGAACUCCUGAAGAAUACUAUGAGCAGAUCCUGGAGUUGAAGAAGCAAAUACAAAGUUUGAAUCAGGAUAAUGGUACAUUGAAGGCGAAAGUGCGAAGGACAGAGGAAGAUAACAUCAAAAAGGAAAAAGAAAUAGAUGGUCUUCUUAACCCAACAAAGAGUGAAGAGAUGAGACGGACACUGGGUGACAAACGACCAGACUCUGGGGCCAUGGUUCAUAGCCUGAAACAAAAAAUCUUGAAGCUGGAGACACAGCUCAGAGAUAGAGAGGCAGCUCUUUUAAAAUUGCAAGCUGAUUUGAAAACUACAAAGAUUGAUGAAAUGAAAGUCCAAUUGGAGGCCUGCUUUCACGAGAUUGUAAGACUUCAACAGUCUAAAGACACUGGCAUAGAGAAAUCAAUCAAACAUAAAAAUGAAGGUGGAAAGAUGGACAAAGCUGUGAAGGAUACCAUAAUCCGACUGAACAAACAGAUUGAGCAGCUCCGUUCUGAGAACAAAGGUCUGAAACAGGACCUGGAGCGGGACCUGUCUGGUACCACAGGCGAUUAUGAAGACAUGGACAGAAAACAGCUACUUAGUGCAAUUAAAAAAUUGGAAAAGAGGUCAAAGAGUAGGAGGGUUGACGAUGACGACGACGAUGAUGAAUCCUUAUAUUCUGCGAAGAGAGUUGAUGUAAAGAAAGGGAAGCUCACCCUUAAAGGAAGUAUGGAGGAGCGGCUAGACCAAUUGGACAAGAGGGAAACCGAGUUGUUGGACACUAUCAAUAAACAGACAGACACCAUCAAGCGUCUCAAAAUCUAUCGCAAACGCUGUGAAGAAAAGGAUAAAGAUAUAAAGGUUCUAGAAGAAGAACUAGGAGGCAGUGGUGUAAUAUCCGCCCGGCGAUCACCCACUCCCAGAACCAGUCGCCCCCCUUCUGGACGACGAGCGUCUAUGGAAAGCACAAUGUCUGAUGACCGUCGAAGCGGAAAAAAGAGCAUUGAUUCAGCACAGGAUAGUGCUGCACGCAAAAUACAACAAGGAUGGAAGAAGAAACAGUCUGACAGAGAAGAGCAAGAGAAGGCAGAUUACGAAAGGAGACUGAAGGCGGCUGAGCGUCUACAGGAAAAACAUGCUGUGCGAACAAUAGAGAAAAAUUGGACAAAUUACAAAACUACAAAGAAAAGACAAGACCAAGAACAGGCAGAUAAAAUACAGAACUUCCGAGAGGAAAGGGCAGCCAAGAAAAUCCAAAAAGAGUGGCUCGUCCACAAAAAGCGCCAGUAUGACGAUGAGGUGGAAGACGCUACAGAGCUGAUACAGGCAUCCAUGCGGGGUCACAAAACCAGAAAGGGACGUAUGAAAAAGAUGCGUGAGCGAGAUUAUGAUGACAGUUACUCGGAUGAGAAGGAGUAUGAUGAUGCUGUAAACCUUAUCCAGUCCAGUUUCAAAGGUCAUGUUGGCCGCAAGAAGAAGCUUAAGAGAAUGGAGUAUGAUGAUGACACCGGUGAUGACUACGAGCAGCUGUAUACUAGAAAUCCAAGCUCAGCAAGCUACAAAAACCGUCCAGGCUCCUUAGAGAGAGGUAGACCAGGCUCAGGGGAAAGGAUCCGACCAGGCUCAGGGGAAAGGAUACGACCAGGCUCUGGGAGUCGGCCUAGCUCAGCACUGUCAAGAGGAAGUAUUUCAUCAAAGCGGAGUUUUACUGGUAGUGUUGGGAGAACAACCACAGCAAGCUAUCAUCAGAGAAUGUCUGACCACGAGGAUGACAGACACUACUCCACUGGUAGGACCACUCCCACUGGGAGACCGCCAUACCAACGAGCAUCAGAUUAUGAUGAUGAUGAUGACAUUGAAUUUUAGCAAAAUUUUCCAGAUUAGACAUUUUAUGAUACUUUGACAUUCAACAGUGUCAGGACUCCCGUGGAUGUGUCUUUGACAAGAAUAUGUUAUCCGUGUCAUGCAAGAGUUUAGAAGGCCUUUAGAGAUCUGUAGUGGGGUAAUGGUUCUCUGGAUCUCAUCUUAUCAUGAUCAUCCGUCCUCUCCCAAACUUCUACAUAUUCCGUUUUCCAGUCUGUGAUAUUUCCAUUUAUUGUACUUUUCCUCGAUAUAGUGCAGCAAUUUAUUUAUGUUUAUCUAAUAAUAUUGUGUCCAAUUUGUUGACACAAUGAAGCUACAUUAGAUAGUUGGAUCUAUCUUAAUUAUAAAUCAUGUCUACUUAAAACAUAUUUGUAUAUUUCUUCCGACUAAAUUAUCAAUUAUUUUUAAGAUAAGUGCUUCUAUUGACAACCUGCUAAUGCUUCAGAUGUAGAUAAUUUGUCAGACAUACCAAACUGAAAUCAUUGGAAUCAAUUGUUAUGGUAUUAACUUUCAGGUUAGUUAAACACAUUUUAAAGUCAUUGGUUUAUCACAAUUUUUAAUGACCUUACAUGUAUUGAGGUAUAAUUCUCUCAUAACAGCUUGCUUCACCUUUUAAAGUAGCUUUUUUAUACAGUAUGUAGCAUAUAAACUGAGCAUGGCUUACAAACAGCCAUGUUACAAACCUCUUCUUAUAUCCUCUUUUUUGAUAGAUUUUCAGAUUUAAUGUUGUUAUUCGAAGAAUAUUCCUAAUUUGACAUAUCUUAAUAAACAUAUUAAAUCUUACAGACCCAUUAAUAUCUUUAAACUUAAUACACUGUACAAGUAUAACAUUAGUUUAUGAAAGAGGCUUACUUGCAGUAUUUUUGUACUUUAUGUUAAGUUUGCAUUAGAAGACUUUUAAGUAUUGUGUUUAGGGUAUAGUGUUUAAUAAGGAGCUACAUUUUUUUUUUACAUUUGUUGUUCAUAGGAUCUGACAGAAAAAAUACAGAAUUAUUGCAUUGUAUUUACCUUGUUUGUAGAAUUAACAUGUACAGAAUACAGGCGAACAUUUCGGGAGUUUAUAGUUUUAGCUGGUCUUGGGCCUCCUAGUGUUUGGUAGGUCUUCCUUAAUAUACCAGAAUUUUAAAAAGUUAACAAUGUUUCCAGACAAAAAGAAUGAAAAUUGCCUCCCUGCAACUUUAUACUGAAAUUUGAUUGUAACAUGUCAUUUAAUGGUAAAUACGAGGGUAAUACAGGGAUAUUAUCUAGAAUGGAAACUGUAGGGUUGUAUCAUAGCACUGUACACUAUUCCUUAUGGUAUAGAUAACUAUUACCAGUACAAUGCUCCAUUCAAUCAAACACUUUGCCAUUUAUCAGUCACAGAAACAGAAAAUUAUGUCACUCAAUGUUUGGGUUAUCUAAAGUAUUCUCAUCAGUGUUAAGUGAAACAAUUUUCCAGUCGACACAUGUAAAGUUGAUACUUAGUCACAGAUUUUUGGCUGUCUGUCUCAAAAAGAUUUUGCAAUCACACAUUUAGUCGAUUAUUCUGACUGUAUUUGAUAUUAAUCUUUGCAUCCUUUCAAUUGUUCAAUGUCAUGAAAUUAAAUAUGGAAUCUUGAACUUGGAUAAUUUGGUCCAUUAUAUUUUUGUAAUACAUACAUAUGAUAUAUGUACUAUGAAACAGAAGCCCAGCAAUGUGGUUGGUACAAUAAUCAUUUGCAUGACGUUCACUUGUUUAGCAAGCAAUUCAUCAUAAAAUUAAUAUACUUGUAGUUUUUUAUGUAUGUAUAAACAUCCGACGUUUGUCCUACUGGUUUUUGGAGAGUUUCACAAAAAACUCAACUGUCAAUCUCAUUACAUGUUUUCCUUUAGUACAAUGUAGAAUAAAAUUCAUAUUAAAGCAGUGUUGACGAUUGAACAUUCAGUGUGAUGUGGUCAGUUUUAAUUAAUCGAAGUAAUUAAAAACAGCAAUUUUAAUUCACAAUAUUAAAACAGGUUUGACCCAUAUUAUGAAUGUUAUAUGGAUUAGAAUGAUUAUAACUUAGAACUUCAAUAUGUAGCAUAUAAGGGUAAUGCAAGUCCUACAGUACUGCUUGACUGUUAGAUUUUGUACCUUUAAAUUUAUUUAUGACAUUUUCUAAACAAAAUAUUUUCAGAAUGUUAAAAGAUAACUUCUAAU